GAAAUUUCUCCAUCUCCUUCGAUUUUUCUUCUAGGCGCCGCGAUGUUUGAUGAUCAAGAUCUGGGCUUCUUUGCCAAUUUUCUUGGCAUUUUUAUUUUUGCACUAGUAAUAGCAUACCAUUAUGUGAUGGCUGAUCCUAAAUAUGAAGGAAACUAAGUUUAUUGGCUUCUUUUUAUGUCUUAAUAGACAUGCAUUCUGUUAAUUAUGAGGACUGAGAUGUUUCAUCAAUGAAUACAACUUGAUUAUGUUAAAACAGUUAUUUGCAUUUUAUGGGUGUAAAUCAGUUGCUGCUAUUUUCACA